AUGCAGCCUGUCAUAGUUGGGGUUGCCGACAUCAGAAACCGAUCACUUGCGGUUGAGGAUGCCAAGGAGCCUGCUUCGUUAAUGCUAGAAGCCAUUCAAGGCGCUAUCAACGAUGCAAGCACCUCAAGCGAAACCGCCGAAUUACUUCGGAAUAGUAUCGAUAGCCUCAGUGUCGUACAAACCUGGACAUGGCCUUAUCAUGACUUGCCCGGCCUUUUGUCUCAACGGCUUGGGGUCAAUCCCAAAUAUCAAAUGUAUACCGAGCAUGGGGGAAACCAACCAGCAAAGCUGCUCGACGAAGCUGCCCUACGUAUUGCACGUGGGGAAUCAACCGUCGCAGUUAUAACUGGAGGUGAAGCAUUGGGUUCUUUGGCCGCGUGCGUCAAACAUGGAAAUAUGCCACCCCCAGGCUGGUCACCUCCGGCUCGGAAUGUGACCAACGUUUUCUCUCCUACAAAUAGGGAGCCGAGAAAAGACAUUGCAGGGCUUCACUUCGUGGGAUCACCAAUCCAUAUAUAUCCGCUAUAUGAAAACGGAUUUCGGGCUUAUCGUGAACAAUCACUGGAAGCCAACCAUAGAGAGUCUGUAGCACUUUACGCCUACUUCAGUCAAGUUGCAUCGCAGAAUCCAUAUGCUUGGAAUUAUGGCACAGACGCUGAGACUGCUGCUUCCAUUGGCACUAUAUCCAAGAAGAAUCGGAUGAUUUGCUUUCCAUAUCCCCUCUUGAUGAAUGCUUUUAACAAUAUCAAUCUAUCAUCAUCUUGCAUUUUGACGACAACUAAAUUCGCAAAACAGCUUCAGAUACCCGAGGACAAGUGGAUCUAUCCACUUGGUGGUGCUGGUUUUAAGGAGCGCGACCAUUUUUGGGAACGUCCAAACUUUUUUGAAAGCGCGGCAAUCUCAAAGUCUCUUGAUGCAUGCCUCAGCGCGAGUCAACUGACUCCUGAUGAGAUAGAUCUCUAUGAUUUCUACUCUUGCUUCCCAAUCGUGCCCAAGCUUGCAUGUCAUCACCUGGGAAUUUCCAUUACACAACCCAAAAAGCCAAUUACCGUUCUGGGUGGCCUCACCUCAUUUGGAGGCGCUGGAAAUAACUACUCAAUGCAUGCUAUCACUGAAAUGACUCGUCGGCUGCGUGGAGGCUCUAGUCGCAACGGACUUAUUCUUGCCAACGGUGGUGUAUUAUCAUAUCAGCAUGCCGUCUGUCUUUCCUCUUUGGCUCCGAGAAAGGGGGCACCUUAUUCCAACAGCAACGAUUUAGAACGGGUUGCACGAGGUCCAAUUCCUCUUAUCGAUUUCGAGGCUAAAGGGCCGGGAAGGAUUGAGACAUAUACCGUUGAAUUUAAUCGAGAUGGUACUCCAUCUCGGGCGUACAUCAUAGGCCGAUUAACCAAUAAUAACCACCGCUUCUUGGCAAACGAGGGCGAUAGGUCGACUCUCUUACGCUUGUCUUCGCGAAAUGAAGAACCAAUAGGGAAACUUGGCACUGUCACUGCCGACCCCUUGGGAGGAAUAGCCUGCACGAUUCCCUCGAUUGCUGCCACUCAAAGCGGGGAGUGCAUCAUGCUGCGUCUGAUCACGAUCAUUGCCCACGCGAGUCUCUUCAAAGCCAUGAUUCCGAUCUGUCCGAGUUCCAGCAAACGAUGUCUCACUCCGCCUAAAGUGGGUCCCCAUGGGGCCUGUUGUAGGAUCACUGGAACGGACUUGAAUGCCCUCCAAUUGCAGGCAACAGCACGCCGGGGAUGGGUACGUGCUGUCAGAACAAAGCGUCUGGGCCUCCACAAAGAGCUAAGAGGAUCCUCAUUCUUGUUCGCACGACACCUUGCGACCAAAUGCAAGACCCUCUACACAUAUCUAUGA